AUGGAUGAAGUUGACGAGUCUCCGGUGCCGUUUUAUGACGUGUAUGUGAACUCUCAGGCCAUUCGUCUGACCUGGGAGCCAGACACUAUGAAGGAGAUGGCCGAAGAAGAAGUCGUACUGAUGUUAUGGAAGAAGUCAGAACCACGUACCCUCAAGGCCGAACAUGUGCUCAUUAGUGAUGGAGAAGUCACUCUCAAUGGUCUGGCACCCGCCACAUUGUACACGAUGACUGUGAUAGUGACUCAAAAAGGGCAGCCGGAUUGGAGGUUCAGUCAGGACAUUGAAACACCGAGUACAGGUAAACGAGAACACUCGAGCAGACUCCACUUGGUGGCCUAA